AUGUGGUCCACCCCAAACACGCACCAAGUCCGUCGCAAGUGGCAAAAGAUGAUCGGGGACUUCGAGUACCUGCAGCAGCGCGUGGCGCUCCGUGUGGAUGUCAUGCGGCGCCACGUCGCGGGGGUGGCCGAGGUGGUGCUGGCUCCCCGAGCCACUGAGCUGCGCGUCCUGCGGCUGCACGCGCGGCAACUCAAGGUGAAGAGCGUGCGCAUUAACGACGUCGAGGCCAACUUCGAGCAACUUAACUUCCUAGACGAGAUCGUGGACGAAAACUACCGCGACUUGGCUACAUUCGACCUGUUCUACCGUGGCGCUAUCGUCGCCUCAAAGGAGGGCGAGCUGAUCAUCGAAAUUCCGAGAGACGUCACGUUCCUAGAAGACGAGGAGGACGACGAGGACUCGAGCAACUUAAGAGAUCAACAAGUGGAAAAAGACGACGACGACGACGAAGAGACAGAAGUUGGUACUCAUAAAGAACAAAAGUUGGUACUCGAUGCCUGGGACGUCGAUCGCCUGCCCAAAAGCUCCACAGGCUUCAAGCCUGUAUUAGUUCGGGUCGAAUACGAGCUCGACGAGCCCACCGGCGGCCUGCGGUUCGUCCUGCCGGACGAGCAGUACCAACCCAAGCGAAGUCCACACAUGUACACUUAUUGUGGGCCAUUUGGUGGUCUCUGUGACGGUGCACGGUCGUGGAUGCCCUGUCGGGACACACUGCGAGACGCCUGUACCUUUAGGAUCGAGCUUACAGUGCCCGACUGGUGUGUGGCAGUAUGUAGUGGACAGAUGGUGCAACAGCUUCUCAACCCUGAGACAGACGCCGACGGAGGACAGUGGAGGACGUUCCGGUACGUCGUGAACCCACAGACCAACUGCUCGUCGAUUGGCUUCGCUGUGGGACCUUUCCGACUCUUUGUCCCGCCAGAAAUGCCCCGGAUGACGCACUUUGCGCUGCCCGAAUGCUUCGAAGACCUCGUGCACUGCACGUCCAAGUUGGCUUCGACUAUGUCGUACUUUGAAGGGACAUUGGGGGCGUCGUACCCGUUCAAGACGUACCAGCAGGUGUUUGUGGAAGAUCUGCCCGAUCAGCUGCAAUACGUCGCUGGAGGAGCCAUUCUGGACCAGAAUCUGCUGCAUGGGCCUCGGAUUAUUGAUCGAGAGCUGCCGUCGCACUUGGCGCAAGUGAAGGCGCUGGUCGGCAGCUGGAUUGGCGGCGCCGUGGGCAUUCAGAGCACGAAAGACGCGUGGGUGUUGAUUGGAGUCAUCGGCCAUUUAGUCAACACGUACGUGCGGUCUAUUUACGGGGAAGAAGAGUACGGCUACCGUAUCCAACUGGCUAUGGACGCACUGACGACGAUGGAGCUGACGACAGAUCAGCAGUCUCCGGCCUUACUGUCGUCGGAGGUGGAUGUGUACUCGGAGUACGACCCGUUGUCGUUGACGCUGCUGGACGUCAAGGCGCCGCUGGUGGUGCAUAUGAUUGAGCAGCGUGUAGGACCAAAACAUCUAGGCAUUGCGAUCCAGCGUGCCGUGUCUGGAGGCGCUGGAGCAGCUGCGAGUAGUGCUGCCAAUGGCGGCGACACUGGCGACAAUAAGGAGGAAGAGAGUGGGAAGCAGACGGAAGACAAGAAGAGUGCAGACGAAGAACAAGACGCCAAUGUCGAGUCUGCCAACGCGUCAGGCAAGCCAGCUAAUGGAGCGACGGCAACGGAGCCGCUGACGACGCUGUCGUUUCUCAAGACUGUCAAGACGAUCGCUGGAGCGGCAGGUCAAGACCUGACCAAGUCGUUCCUCACGUCGUGGAUAAUUGAGCCUGGUAUGCCCUUCUUUACCGUCGGAUACUGGUACAACCGGAAGCAGACACAAGCCGAAGUGGUGCUGCAACAGGAGAUCCCUCCAGGGGGCAAGCUCUACACUGGGCCAAUCACCAUCACCAUCGUCGAGGACACGAGCGAGUACACGUACCAGAAGCGCAUCGAGCACAAGCGCCACAAAUUCGACUUCCCGUGUCACUCGAAAGUCCGCAAGAAGCGACGAAGGCGUCAGGGACUCGCCGACCCGGACGACUCGGUGUCUGUGGGAGGCCCGGGCAUGGGACUGAACGACACUCCCGUCUUCUGGGUCAAGAUCGACACGGGCUGUGCGUGGCUACGACACGUGGUGAUACACCAGCCAGACUUUAACUGGAUGGAGCAGCUGCUGUCCGACAAGAAGGUGGGCUCGCGUGUGCAUGCAGCUCGAGCGCUCGCGCUGUUCCAUCGCCCGCACGAGAAGCCGAACGUCAUGUCGUGUCGAGUUCUUACCGAGUGUAUGAGUGGACUGACGACCCACUCGCGACGUCUACGCGCCGAGGCAGCGCAGUCUCUGGGCAUCUGGCAGUCGAUCCACGCGCCGCUCACGAACGCCAACACGCAGCUGCCUAUCUGGAAGGCCAUGCACAACCUGGUGCGUAUUUUCAAGGAGCAUUUCUUCGACCGCGCGACGGAUAUGCCUCUGCCCAACUACUUUUUGCCUUCCGGUGGCAAAGUGAUCCUCGAGGCGCUGGGCGCGCAGCAGGCGUCGAUCUCCAGCAAGCAGAUCCAAGUGCAGGACUAUGCCGAGGGCGAGUAUGAAAUCAAAAAGAGUAUUCCUAAGGCGCUCGCGAUGGUGCGCGCGCAGAACGGCAAGUCGCCCGCGGAGAUCGAGACGUUUCUGCUGCAGCUGCUGACGGAGAACGACAACUCGAAGAACUAUGUGGAGAUGGACGACCAAUCGCAGGUGGCCGACGACUGCUACUACCUCGGCAACAUCGUCUUGUCGCUCUCGGUCUUGACGCUGGAUCGACCUGCUCGCUCGGACGACGGCGACGCGGUGGUGCUCGAGAUUCUGCGGUAUCUGCACUACGACCAAGUGCAGCCGAGCUACAACAAGACGAUCACGGUGUGCUGUCUCGAGGCCUUGUGCAACUUGGUGCUGGCUGGACGGUGCGACGAGAAGCUCGUGCACUUCCACGUGUUCGCGUCGCCCAAGCACUCGAAUCUCGUGCGUAAAGCGGCGAUCGAGAGCAUCCUCCGCUUGUAUUUCGCUGAAGACCCCAACGGUCCGAGUGCUGGAGACAGCAGUGUGUCGUCGAUGGGCAUGAACUACGCGGUCAGCUCGAGCUCCCAGCAGCAAUCGAGUCGGAGAGGAGCCACGUCGCUGCUGACCAACAGUUAUGGAGCCACGGCUGCGAUGCUGUGGCUCUGCGAGCUGCUGAAGGCGGAACAGUCUCCUGGUAUCCGCUUGUUUGCUGUCCAAGUGUGUCUGAACUGCAUGCGUGGGUUCCCUCCAAGUGUGGGGAAGGAGGUGCUGGCGACGUGGGACCACAGCUACACUCUGGGGCUGAUGAACUACAUCGAGAUGAAGGAGCCGACGGCGUUCGUACUGAAGAGUCCGGAGAAAGAUAAGGUCUUGGGGCUCUUUGAUCGCCCCAACUUGAGUAAACUGCGGGACGACAGCAGCUCGGCGAAGCGGAUUGCGGAAAACCUGUGGAACUUGAUGAACGCGACGGCAGCCAUGGACCAGAGGCUGCGUGUGGCGCUCAUUGUGCUGUAUCGGAAGUUCUGGGGUGAGACGACGCCGAUCGCUGUGGCUCAUAUUGUUCAGGACAAGCCUGCGAACUGGGCGGGGGGCUACGAGAGUCUGCGGUUGAUGAUGGAGGAGAGCAAGAACCGCAUGCUCAUGAACGGCGGACGGGCUGGCACCAACACGGACGCUAACGGACUCGGUAGGAAGUCGGACGACGAUCGGAAACGAGGCUUCUCGUCGACGGCAAGCAGCCCAGCCGACGCAGCUCUGGAACAAUUUCGCGGCAAGAAAUUUAAGUUCAAAAUGGGCGAUACAACCUUCCGAUCCCACAAGCUCUAA